CCUGCCCCACCCCACCCCACCUCCAUCCCCCGGUCUGCUUGUCAGCGGAAAUGCCUGGCCAAACACUACGGCUAGUUCCUCGUACCAGCAGCUAGUGGAUGUCUUCCACCGCCUCUGUUUUCCUUUCCCCGUCUACACAAACUGGGAUUUUGACUCAUGAGCUUAUCCAGAUUCUGAGAAAGAGGAACUCAUGUGAGAAAUGGGGUCAGAUGAGGCCUACAACUUUGUCUUUAAAGUGGUGCUAAUAGGGGAAUCGGGUGUGGGCAAGAGCAAUCUUCUCUCGAGAUUCACCAAGAAUGAGUUCAACCACGACAGCCGGACGACCAUUGGCGUGGAGUUCAGCACAAGAACUGUGCAGGUAGAAAGCUUGACCAUCAAAGCCCAGAUAUGGGACACGGCCGGACUGGAAAGAUAUCGAGCCAUAACCUCUGCUUAUUAUCGGGGUGCCGUUGGAGCGCUGCUAGUUUAUGACAUUUCAAAGCACCUGACCUAUGAGAGUGCAGAGCGCUGGCUGAAGGAACUUUAUGACCAUGCGGACCCCCACAUAGUGGUCAUGCUAGUGGGCAACAAAUCAGACUUGGCAUCGAUACGGUCUGUGCCAACAGAGGAUGCAAAGGAUUUCGCAGAAAAAAACGGGCUGCUCUUCACGGAAACUUCAGCCUUGGAGUCAACAAACGUGGAGACCGCGUUCAACAAUGUCCUAAUGGAAAUCCAUAAGAAAGUGAGCAGUAAAGAGGUCACCCGUGGGUCAAUCAAUGCAGUGUCACUGUCCGGUCCCCAAACUGCACCGGCUGACCCUCAGGAGGAGAGGAAGCCUUGCUGUAAGAAUGUGUAAGAAUAAUCUGGAGGUACGGCAGAGAGGGACUGAGGAUAGGAUGGUCUUAUCUCCUCCCUCAUUGUCCAGGAAUGGACACUCCAAUCACCACACAUUCAUAAGAACCACUUUUCGAUGACUGAUGUUUUCCUUCAUGCCAUGUGACUGUCAUGAGAAAGUAUUUUUGUAUGUCUCAAGUUUCAUGAUGCUUAUAAAGCCAUUUAAAAUAGUUUUAAAGGAAUAUUCCAGCAUGUUUUCAACCUGAUCUCCAUCUGCGUCACUGAUUUUCUAAGUGAAAAUAAUGCAACACACACUCUCUGUCAACAACACACGUAUAUUAAAGCAAUAAGCUGCUUGAGGCCAUGCGUUACCAUUAAUUAUAAUCGACAUAAACAUGUAUUCCGCCAUAGAAUGUAAUUUAAACUGCGGUCAUUUCAUUAUUUUUUAGACUUUUUGUCAUAUAACAGUGAACAUGUGAUAACACAGCACUGUUUAAUGCACAAACUUUCACUUUAUAAGAACUUUUUGGUCACCAAAUUACCACCACAAGUCUUAUUUAGCACUAAUCCAGCAACGCCCCUCUUCUCACGCUGGGGCUGAACUUUAAAUGGCUCCCUGCUUCCUACAAAGUGCACUACGUGGGAAAUUAAAUACUGGAUCCUGCAACCCAACAGAGCAAAAUACAGCUAAAAUAGUCAUUUGGGACUGUUUACCUGUUGAGGCUAGAAUUUCUAAGCUUUCAUAGUUAGCACACUAUUUAGGGAGGACAGAGCCGUUUGGGAUCCCGCCUGGGUUUGACACGACUUCUGUUUAGCAUUUGGCAGACGCUUUUAUCCAGGGCGACUUACAAUUUGAUCAUUUUACACAGUUAGGCGAAGGUGGUGUUAGGAGUCUUGCCCAAGGACUCUUAUUGGUACAGUGUAGAGUGUUUACCCAGGCGGGGGAGUGAACCCCAACUUCCUGACUUCUAACUGAAGCAUGGACGUUUGAAGUGUGUAAGACCUUCGAGUGACAUUGAUUAGACUUUAUACCCCCGUUUUACAGUUAAUCGUACCGAAAGUACUGUAACUCAAGCCUGUUAUGUUAAUGACGGAGUUGUUCCAGCCUGGUAGCCAGCUGACCAGCCUAGUUUCAGUUAAGAACAUAAGUUGCCAGCUCCUCAGUUUAAACAAAUGUCUAAUUUGACCAGGGUGCCCAUAACAUUAUGCUGGAAGCCAAUGGGCAGCUGCUGAAUUCUCUGAACAAACUCUUUUACUCUUCUAAAACUCUUCUAAAAUGCUUGACUAUACACUUUAUACAUAGUAUAAGUACAAACUUUAUAUAUAGUAUUUAAUAUGUAUGUUAUAUUACAGUCUAACAGAGCAGGUCUAGGAUAAGACAGACACCAAAGCUGCUCCUAUUAAAAUUUAUACAACAUUUCAACACAGUAAAAAGUUAAAUAUUUAUGGUUCUAUAAAGAACCAUUGUCUGUACUAAAGAACCCUAGUGGGGUGUGCGGGUGCGGCAGAUAGAGAUCAGGUUAAAGAAACGCUGGUGCAUCCCUUUUAAAAUAAACCGGCCUGGCCUCACAUGUACACUUCCGACUGCGUGAGGAAGAUGCCAUUUAUAAAAUGAUAUGUCAUAUAAUAGAUGUGGUUUUUCAAAUCAUUUGAGAUCUGACAGAUUUUGACGCCUUACAAUGAUUCGUUCAUGUUACACUCAAAGUGGAAAGACAUGAAUUUUAAAACUGCACACUUUCUUUUCACAAAUAUUGAUCCAUAAUGCUUUCCUGAUUAAUACAGUGGGCCGCAACUGAUGAUUACUAAUAAACUGAUUACGUAGGCCUGCUGAGCUGUUGAAUACUUGGCUUUCUUGUAUAUUAUUUGAACCAAAUUGUAAUAUUUGUCGCAUGUUAAUCAUUUUUAAAUCAGGAUAAUAAGAAUAAUAAAACAUGCACUCAUAUAGACUUUAUCACAUCACAGAGAAUAUUUAUUAUCAUGUACAGGUGUUAAAGGAUUACCACUAUCAGGGUAAAGGUCAACUUGGGUAUGAUAGAUGCGAAACUUUGAUUUGACUUUUGAUAUAAUAACCGUGUGUUUUUGUAUAAUAUUUUCCUUACUGGUCAGGAUUCAUCUGCUGGACCGUAGAUCUUCCAGCAAAACAGCCUGCAUCAGCCGAUAUUUCGCAAACAGGUUUAUUAUGUACUUUUAACAUUUUAUCUUUAUUUCCAACCAUCGUUCCUUCAAACGUGUUCUACUUGUUUCCUAACUGCCGGGUCCGGUGCGGUCCAGAGGAGGAUGGGUUAAAACCUGGAUUUCUGGACAAGCUGCUUUGAGGCAAUGUCUGCUGUAAAGAAGCUCUCUGCUAAUAAAAGUGAAUAACAUCCAAA